GGGGCCAAAGAUGCGCAGAGCGUAUCACUUUUUGUCUUCAGACAGUUUUAUCUCGCGACAGUUUACCAGUGCGUUUGUCAUAAACACAAGCUCGCGAUUUCUCGACAGUUUCUCUUUUUCAUAUCAAAUUCGAAUCACAUUUCGAAAUGACAAUUGGCACUGCUACGAUGGUACACACUAAUGAUGCCACGUCAAAACCUUUUUUGGUUACCUUACCAGAUGAAGGGAAGGAGAAAUACAUAUCACAAGUGUCAAAUGCUAUUGAUUCUUCCGGCAAAGGAAAGAAGCGUUUUCAAUUUCUAAUUAGUUUUUGCGCUGCACUGGUCGGCAUGCAAGCUGGCAUAACGCUCGGCUGGACAUCGCCGAUUCUGCCGUACCUCACGUCGGAAGAGUCCUUUCUUCCCGAACUGUCCGAGAAUCAGAUCUCGUGGAUAUCGUCCCUGCUAGCGUUGGGUGCUAUCGCGGGUGCCGUGCCGGCCGGCAAAAUCGCCGACUGGAUCGGCCGAAAGUGGGCCAUCAUCCUGACGGUCGUGCCAUUCGCUACGUGCUGGCUCACCCUGGUCACAACUAGGAACAUCAUCAGCAUAUAUGCCGCGAGGUUCAUCGGUGGAAUUGGUGCCGGGGCGGCGUGCGUCCUGGUGCCCGUCUACGUCGGCGAGAUUGCCCAGGCGUCGAUUCGGGGUGCCCUGGGCGUCUUCUUCCCCCUGCUCUUUUCCUCGGGGAUUCUCUUCUCGUACGUGGCGGGUGCCUAUUGCUCCUAUACGAUCUUCAACAUCGCCUGCUGCGCCAUCCUGCUGCCCUUCGUCCUAGGCGCGCCCUUCAUGCCGGAAUCGCCGAUGUGGUUGAUGCAACGGGGCCGCGAAGAUCAAACCGCCAGAGUUCUGUCGAUCUUACGAGGAACGCGUUACGACAUCGUCGGGGAAAUGGCCGUUCUCCAAGAUGAUGUAAACAGGAUAGCAAAAGCAUCGGGCGGUAUCAAGGACCUCAUCGGGACCAAGGCAGGACGUAAGGCCGCCGUUACUUGCGUAGGACUCAUGUGCUUCCAGCAAUUGUGCGGCGUGGACGCGGUUCUCUUCUAUACGGUCAACAUUUUCCAGGCGGCCAACAGCACGAUUGAUCCAUUCCUGGCGACCAUCGUUAUCGGGCUUACCGAGGUCGUGAUGACGAUAUUCGUCGCUUCCGUGAUCGACAAAUUUGGUCGAAAGCCACUCCUGAUAAUAUCCGGUGCGAUGAUGACCGUUUGCUUGGCCAUUCUGGGUUACUACUUUAGACUCAAGGACGAAGGAAGCGACGUGAGUGCCUUUGGCUGGGUGCCGCUGACCAGUCUCGCUUUCUUCAAUAUUGUAUUCUCGAUCGGUUACGGAUCCGUACCUUUCACGGUAAUAAGUGAGAUAUUCCCACCGGAAACCAAGGGCGUCGCCAGCAGCAUAUCGAUCGUGACACACUGGAGCCUCGUGUUCGCUGUCACCAAGUUGUUCCCGAUCAUGGAGACCGAGAUGGGACAGGCAGCAACUUUCUGGACGUUCUCGUGCUUCACUGCCGCGUCCGUCGCCUUUGCGUAUUUUGUAUUACCGGAGACGAAGGGUAAAACGUUGCAGGAGAUACAGAAAAAGCUCGAACGAAGAAAAGUAUCGAGCAUAAAAUAUCCGGUCGAACCGGCCUGAAAAUCUCAGCAUGUCACCAAAAGCGUUUACCUGGUCGCGUCACGUUCAACGCAAAAAUUAGUAUUGAUGGUUCUGGUUUGAAAAAUUGUGAAGAUCGAUGAAAGAGAAGGAUAUAUACGUCACUUUUUUAUAUUUUUAUUUCUUUUUUUUAUUGAUACGGAUUGUUUUCCCCAAACGACUAUUUGUUAUAAAUUGCAAAGUACCUUAUUUUUUAUUUCGUAUUUGACAUAAUUGUUGUUAAAAAAAAAACAAAGGUAAUUUUAGGGUUGUAAAUGCGUAAUAUGUGCAUCUGCAAUUAUUUUUUAGGAAUGCAUUUAAAAUAUCCAAGAAUCGUACAAAGAAUGAAAUAUAUAAAUCUGAGGUCUUCUUUUUACACAGAAAUUUCAUUUUAAUUUUAUCAUCAAGUUUAAUUCAAAUUUUUAUUCAGAAUUACCACUUACAGAUAUAGAUAUGCUCUAUAAAACUUUCUGCCAUUUUACUAAUCAAAACAAAACGUAUCGAACAUGUUGAAUGAUUUUGUUAUUUAAAAAAAAAUGUGUUUUUAACAUUAUAUAAUAAUAUUUUCGUAUUGAAUUAACAAAAUUUCAUAUUGCAAAUAAUGUUAUCGACCAACUGAUGUCUGAGUUAAAGUAAAUUCCCUCUGUUAGAUGUCAUGUACUGUACUGUGUUUAUUGUGGUGAAUACGUCGCAUUCUAUCUCUCUCGCACUACUCUUUUAGAAUAAUUUUGAAAUAGUUCGAGAUGUUAUUUGACCAAAUAAUUAUUUUACCAAAAGCUAUUGAUAUAUAUUAAUCAUAUGCAAUUACUCGAUAGUCGAUUAUCGAAUGCUGUAAAUUGUAAAUAAUGUAUAGUAAUCUAUGUUUAAAAAUAUUUAAAAAUGUCACAAUGAUGUUAUUAUUGUUGCGUAUAAAGUGUUAAAUAUGUAAAAUAGAGCAUUUGAGAAUAAAAUAUAAAAUUAUAAGAGAUAACAAAAAAUGUUUUCUACUCUGCAAUAUACGGUAAAGUUCUUUUUACUGCUUUUUCCUGCAAUAUUUUUUCUGAAAUAAACUAAAAUAAUUGGAAGAAAUUAAUCUCAACAUAUUUUAAUUUUGUCACUAAUACAAACUAAGUGUACCAUGCAUAGAAAAAUAUUAUAGCUAUUUUCUACUUUUUCCUUGAUGUUGAUAAUCAAAUGACAACAAGCGAUAAUGUAGCAAAUUUCUUUCGAAUAUUCUGUAGCGCUUGUCUCUUAUCGAGUCUCGGUAAUUGAAAUGAAUAAAUAUCUUUAUCUCUUGUGAAUGAGCAAUACACAUCUUAAAAAUGAUAUUGCUUGUUCUUUUCUUAUCUUUAAAUAUAUAUAUUUGUAUGUAUGCAAUUUAUAUAUUUUUUAAAACCGUCCAACCACAAUUCUGAAUCUUCACAAGUCUUUUGUGAAGAAAAUAAAUAUUUUAAUUUACAUUUUUCUAUUUAUAUGUAUAAAACAUAAGAAAAGACAAAAAAGAUAAUAUGUAGAAAAAAAUUUAUUUUGUAAAUUAAUUUCACUAAAUAUAAAUUUCUAUCAAUUUUUAUCUUAAAUUUGUAUUUAUUGCGACAUCAGCACUUGUUGCAGAGACAAGUAGAACACUUUUAUCACGUAACACUUUCGAACGAUAAGGCAAUUCAGUCGUCGGCAGUGAUAUUGCGCUGAGUUUCACAAUGGGAAGAUUACUGUUUGAUUCGAGUUAAGGAUCAAGUGAUGAGGCUGUGCUAUUCUCCGCGUAUUCCUCGGACGUGCUUACAAUACCGGCGUUCCAUCUGUGACGCACUUUUCAAACACAUAUCGUUUUGUAUUUGGUAUUGGCUUUAACGCGAUUAUGUCGUCUUACUUGACGCAAAUCCUUGUUUCUAUAUUUCUAUCUCUUCCCCAUUAUUAUUGCGAUUGUGAAACAAGGCAAAUUAUAAUUUUUUUUGAGAU